AUGCCCGCCGCCGCCGCAGCCACUGUCACCGCCACGGCUAUUGAUGGCGCAGCAGGGCGCAGCUGGCGGGGCCGUGGUACAGCUGCAGCAGGUUGGACGAGUACGUCAGCCACUCCCGCCGCUGCCGUUGCCUGUGCACCAGAGGACGGCAGGUGGCUUGUCGGCGACGCCCUGAUCGGCCAUGGUUUACAUCUGGCUUUGCAGCAUGGUGUACCGCACGGCUCAGGGACAGGCAGUCAUGAGGAGGAAGAUGAGGGGUCGGAGGGGAAGUUAAAGGAUGCCUCCAGCGGAAAGCCCGUCCCUGUCAUCGUGCUGGCUACUGCUACGUUGGCGAAGCGGAGCUGGUGCUAAUCGAGAAGCAAGACGGUUACUUAGAUUUGUCGUGGGUAUUUCAAACGAUGGCAUUGCCACGUCGACCAUGGGAUGAUCGACCUCAACAACGAUCGCUUCACUUGCUGCUUCUGCGAUACCAAGGCGAAAUCGGCAUGUCGGUGUCACGCGUGCAACAAGAAGAAAGCUGAUAAGCGAGGGGCAUCCAAACGAGCUCAAGCCGGCCACAUCCACGGGAGUAGCUUCUCUCGAGUGGUUCACCGACAGACUCAACCCAGCGCUUUCAUGCUCCGUCUGCCUCUCACGGUCGCGGCGGGCAACUCUAGAGAUAGAGAAAAGGCACUGUUUUCGGUCUCCAUUACCGCCCGCGGCGACCGUGUCAUGGUCAUCACCGACGUCACCGCCGAGCAACCUGGUGCGCCUGCAAGCUGCAUCGUGGACUGUU